AUGUCCGACACCAAGAUCACAAGUCCACCCACGGGAUCACCAGUGGAGGAUAGAGCGGCCGGCAAGAAGAGGGCUAGGAUCGUGGACCCAGAUGAGACCGACGAGGAGGACUAUGAUAAUGCCCCCGAGGAAAACAAUGGAGGAAAAGGACCAAAAGAAGAAGAAGAAGAGGAGGAGGAGCCGAGCAGAAACAGAAGCGGCGACGAUGACAAAGACGACGAGGAAGACGAAGAAGUUGAAGAGGAUGAAGUGGACGAGGGCAGAGGCCGCCCCCGGAAGAGACCCAAGAAGAACAGCAAAUUCAGGUUCUUGGAUGUUGAAGCUGAGGUUGAUGAUGAGGACGAAGAGGAGGAUGAGGAUAAUGAUUUCGGAGAUGUGGCGGAAUUCAUUGACGAGGCCCACGACGAUGCUGUGGCCAGGGAUGAUCAGCAACACCGACGCCUUGAUCGAGUGUUCAAGCGGAACGAAGAUGAAGAUGUGCACGACAUUGUUCAGAGACUGAAGGAGAGACAUGCUGGAACGGGAAUGGCGAGGUACAAUGGAGACAGUGAUACAGUCCCUCAGCGAUUGCUCAUACCUGGUGUCAAUGACCCCAAUCUGUGGAAAGUGAUUGUCAAGGCUGGUCGUGAACACACUAUCUGCGCCUCCAUCUUCAGGAAAGUCUUUGCCCAACAAUAUUUUGCCAAUCCCAUCGACGUCAUCUCUGUCUUUUGCCGAGACUCCAUUUCCGGUAUGAUCUUCAUCGAGGCCCGACAGUCGGCAGCUGUCAGCGCUGCCGUCAACGGUAUUGUCGGUAUCUUCAUGUCUAGAGGAGUCUCUCUCGUGCCCAUCGAGGAAAUGGCACCUCUACUCAAGAUGAAGAAGAAGGACGUCAACUUGACACCGGGCAUGUGGGUCAGGAUGAAGAGGGGCAGACACGCCGGCGAUUUGGCGCAGGUGGUUGAUGUGGACCAGAUCACGAGUGGUGUCGUUGGCAUCAAAUUUAUUCCUCGUAUAGAUUUGACCCCCAAAGAUAAAAGGAAGGAGCGGAUGGCUGCUGGAAAACCAGGUGGUGUGCGACCUCCAUCCCGCCUCUUUGCCUAUGACGACGUGCGAAAGAUCUACGGCCGACAAAGUGUCCGUCAAGGGCCCCAGGGAAGCUACCAGUUCGAGAAUGACGAAUUCCUCGACGGUUUCUGUAUCAAGGACGUCAAGAUCCCUACUGUCGCCACAGAGGACGUCAACCCGUCUUUGGAAGAAAUCUCCCGAUUUACGGGUGACGACGAGACAGCCGCCAAGUUUGACCUCUCCGCCAUUGCCGACGCCAACAGAAACUUGUCCACUUCUCUGUUGUUCCCUGGAGACAAGAUUGAAGUAUACGAAGGCGAACAGACGGGACUGUACGGCAUUGCUGAAACCGUCACGCCCGAUGUCAUCGCUAUCAAAGCAGAAGGCGGUGAAGUACACGGUCAGAUCAUCGAGGUACCCGCCAGGAGUGUGAGAAAGAGAUUUGAUGUUGGUGAGCACGUGAAGGUGCUGGGAGGCAAGCAUGUUGAGGCUUCCGGUAUGGUCGUCGAGGUCAAGGGCGAUAUAAUCACCUUGAUGUCCGACCAGGGCGAGCAAGAAAUCAAGGUCUUUUCCAAAGAUUUACGAAAAGCUGCCGAUACCAGCAACCUCACCGCCACCCAAGGUAUUUACGACGUGCAUGACAUGGUCAUGCUGGAUUCCACGACAGCCGCCGUGGUCACCAAAGUCGAAGGUGGUUUUUUGAGGGUUAUCGAUCAAAACGGCGCGCCCCAAAGUGUAUCUCCCGAGCAAGUGACUCUGAGACGAGACAACAAGCGCUUCGCUGUGGCCACUGAUUCUCAAGGAAAUGAGAUGAAGGUCGGAGACAACAUGAAAGAGACCGAGGGCGAGUUGCGCCAGGGUGAAGUCAUCAACAUAUUUAGGUCUCUCUUCGUCUUUUUGUAUAACCGAGAGUACACCGACAACCACGGCGUCUUUGUUGCUCGUGCAGGCUCUCUCAUAUCUGUCACCCCCAAGUCGGCGGUCAAUGACCUUGGCAAGAUCAACCCAGCUCUCAAUCAACAGCUUCUCUACGGUGGUGCCAGUCUGAUGCCUGCACCUGCUGUCAACGCCAACAGGAAUAGGUUGAUCAAUACUUUGGUGGUAGUGACCAAGGGCACCAACAAGGGCUUGAUUGGUGUUAUCAAGGACGUCCAAGGUGAGACUGCAAGAGUGGAGCUCAAAACAAGCAACAAGACAUCGUCCAUCCCCCUAAUAUUAUUGAAACGAAAAGACGCAAAGACUGGUACUACCUUCCCUCUGGAAUCAGGGGGCAGCUUUGCUGCUCCAGGUGGGUUCGGUGCAUUUCACAACAACCCUUACAAUGUUGGACCAUACGGCGGACAGACAGCGAUGCACCCUUCAAUGGGUGGUGCCAUUCCUGGGCUUAUGGGCGGAAAGACUCCUGGUGCUCGUUUCGGGCAAACACCAAAUCCAUAUGCUGCGGGUGUUGACAAUGGCAAGACUCCUAACCCUUACACUUCAGCGGCUAGUGUUGGCAAGACGUCUGCGGCUGCUUACGCUGCUGGUGGCAAGACACCGGCUUGGGGCGCCAACGGCGGCAAGACACCAGCGUAUGGUGCAGCAAAUGGGGGAAAGACUCCUGCCUGGGGUGGUGCUGGUGAUAUGGGCGGCAAGACGCCUAAUCCUUAUGCCAUGGGCCCUGGUGGCGGUCUCACUCAGUAA